AUGCAGCGAAGCCGGGAAAAGCGAACUCGAUGCCGCCGCGCUGGGGUGUGGACAGCGAGUUCCGCAGUGGUGGCCGUGCUGUGCGCACUGCUCUGCAGCUGCUGCCUCGCAGGUACUGCGGUCGAACAGGAGCCGCUGGUGCUGCAUACAAGCCUCGUAGACCUCCUCAAUGCGGAGAACGCGCUGUGGACAGUGUCGCUCGGCACUCUCAACGCCGCUGGUCAGCUAGCCGAGUGGACGGCGAUGCGCGAAGUGCGCGUGGAGACCCAGCCCUCCGAGUCGGCCGCCUCGCUCCUCUUCACACUGCCACCGCCGAUCAGCUUGAAGCACCGCAUAGAGGAUGCAGAGGAAGGAAAGUACGACGAGGAAGGCGCGGCAACAGAAAAGCGAGGAGCGAUGCCUAGCGACGACGUCUCUACCCGAACGCAUCGCCGGAAGUCCUUUCGCGGAGUGUCUUGUGAGGAAUACCGGACGGGCGGACGAGGGCAGCAGGGUGCCAUGCAAGGUCGGUGCUUCUUCCUGAGGGACGACGGCGAGGACUUCUUUGUGCGCUACAGAGUUAAAAGCCCCGACACCGAGGAAGCGAAGAGUGGUGGCGAGGAGGGAGCGGCUUCCAAGACCACCACAGCAGUGCACCGCCACCGGCCACGCCGUGCUCCGGCGAAGGCUGCGGCGUCACAGCAGGCGAAGACGAGCAGCGACGCUGAGGCAUCGGGGACGGAACCGUGGACGGUGCACAGCACCUCCGCAAGUGAUGUGUGGGCAGAGCGCAUCCUCCCAUAUGGAGGUAGCGCCGCAGCGCCUGCGGAAAGGGGUGCCGGCGCGACAGAGGAACACGCCCGCAUCGGAGACGUCACAAUUGAUGAGUACAUCCGUGAGCUGCCAGAUGCGCACCGCUCCAAGAAGAUGUUGCUGACGUUCGCGAUGCUGAUGGUCCCAAAGUCAACUGCCUUAGCGGUCCAACGAAGCGACGAUGUGAUGCACGUGCGGCUGGAGUGCCUCACCGGUGCUUUUUACGAGGACAUGGUGAGGCGUAGCACAGCCGCGGUGAAGGCGUCGCGCACGAGCGUCUUCCACCGCUGGGUGUGCCCCGUACUGCUCGUCACUGCCAUCUACGUGAUGGUGUCGGCAACGGUACGGCUGGUUGCCUGGCGCAAAGCGUCGUUGAGAAGUGGGGCACGGCCUAUUGUAGGCGCAGCCAAGAAGCAGCAGUAA